AUGCUGGCAGUUUCAGGAGACGGGGGUGACAAUAGCGAGAGUGAUAAUAACGAGGACGUGGUGGAUCUGACAGGUGGCGAAUCAGUUAAGGAAAGUGGUUUCAGCGAGAUUGCUUCAGGGAAGGAAGCCACGGAAGAAUCGCCUGUUGGGGAAACUGAAGGCGAAACGGUUGUGCUCUAUAAGGGGGAUGAAGCUGCUUAUGGCGAAACGGUGGUGCUUUAUAAGGGGGAUGACGGCACAUGGGUGGAGGCAGAAGGGCCGGUGGCGGAGGGCGUUGAGACGGUCGUGCUACAGCGUGUGGAAUCAAGUCAAGAGGAAGGGGCAGGUGACAAUAGGGAAGAAGAGGCGGAGGAGGAGGAUGACGAGUGGGAGUUUGAGGAGGAGGAUGCGGCCGACGUGGUGCCUGGUGACGGGUUGGAUGGUGGGGGCUUUGUCUUGAACGGAGCAGCGUGGGGGCAGACCGCUUUGGAGUUGGCACAGGAGGUGUUGGGGGGGAGCAAUUACGGAGGGGAGUUUGAGCUGUACGGCUUUAAGGUGUACCCCGAGAGGAACUGGAUCCGCGUGCGACUGGACAAGCUCAGUGACGUCUACGGCUCACCCAUGGUGGAGGAUAUAGACUCGUUCCUCCUUGACUUCAACGCGCUGGUUAUUGCUGCGGGGGAGAGGGGCGAGCUGCCUCAGGACAUUCAGAUCGAGGUCUCUUCUCCUGGUGCCGAGCGUGUGGUCAAGGUUCCAGACGAUUUAAUCCGGUUCAAGGAGCUUCCAAUGUAUGUACACUACCGGCUGCCUAGUGAAGCGGACAAUACAGGGGACAAGAGCGCUACUGCUAGUGGAGGGAAGACAUCUGAGGAGAUUCUUUCGUUAGUGGAGGUGGAUGAGGAGGAGCGUGUGACUAUAUGGAGGGUUGCCGAUGUGAGGUUGAACAGGGAGCUGUAUGGAGGGAAGGGACGGCCUUUGAGCCGGAAGAAUCGGGAGCGGAGGAUUACUGUUCCGUUUGCAGACAUUCUAGUCGUGCGUAUCUAUUUGGACUACUGA